AUGAACGCAACGGCAGACGAGUCAGUCUUCUCACAGAUUGCCGAAUGGAAUCAGGCUCAGGAGUUGAGAGCACCCAAAACAAAAGGCACCUUCUACCGCAACCUUGAAGAGGCUCUCGACCUUCGGCGCAGCCAGCAUAACCUCAUCACCCUGCGCAAGCGCAAAGACAACAUCGACUUCUCCUCCAAUGACUUCCUAUCCCUGGCCACGUCCGGACAGUUGCGUGAGGCUUUUCUUGAAGAGCUAGGUCGCUUCCCAAACUUUCCCGUCGGCAGCACGGGCUCGCGCCUCCUGGAUGGCAACAACGAUUAUUUUGAGGAGCUGGAAGCCGAGAUUGCUGAGUUCCACGGCGCGGAGCGCGGUCUUAUCGUGAACUCAGGGUUCGAGGGCAACAGCGCUAUCUUCUCGUCAAUUCCGCGCCCCGGCGACGCUAUCGUUUACGACGAGUUGGUACACGCGAGCGCGCACGAAGGUAUGUCUCGUUGCAUGACCGAGAUCAAGAAAUCGUUUCGACACAACGAUGUCGACUCCUUCCGCGAUUCCAUGGAGAUGGUGCUCGAGGCACAUCCGCUCAUCCAGCGCGGGCAGCGCAGCGUACUCGUCGCCGUGGAGACCGUCUACAGUAUGGACGGCGAUAUCUGCCCGCUGGGGGACAUGAUCGAGGCUGCUAAGGAGGUAUUGCCGCAUGGCAACUUCCAGUUCAUUGUCGAUGAGGCACAUGCCACUGGGGUCAUUGGUGAAAAAGGAGCUGGUCUUGUCUCCGCGCUUGGCCUUCAAAAGGCCGUCGCGAUCCGCCUCCAUACCUUUUCUAAGGCUUUGGGGGCAUCUGGUGCUGCCAUUCUCUGCAAUGAUACUGUGAGGACGAUGCUAGUCAACCACGCUCGGCCGAUUUGCUUCACGACGGCUGCUUCGUUUCCCACCUUGGCUGCCAUUAAAGCAGCUUACCGGCUACUCAAAACGGGAGAAACAGAGCUUGCUCGAAAGCGCCUCAACGCGCAUAUACGCCUCUUCUACAAGAGCAUCACGAGCAACUCAUACUACAAGGAAGUGAGAGAUGCCGGCAUCAUCGAUAUACCGCUAGCGGACGAGUGGGAGUCGCAGUCGAUACUGUCCCACAUCGUUGCUGUGCUUACGCAGCCGCGCCAUAACUAUUUUCUCUCGAUCCACCUGCAGCUGCUACGAUUCUGGGCCUUCCCCGUUGACCCGCCAGCAGUGCCGAAGGGCACCAACCGCGUUCGCAUCGCGUUUCAUGCCAGCAUCACGGAUGAUCAGGUAGUAGGCCUGGCCAAUGCAAUCUGCGAAUGGGCAACGGAGAUGCUUGAAAUCAAGAAAACUGGCAAGGAGGGAGCCCUUCCCACCGCUGCUCAGCAGGUCUACAAGAUCACCUCUUUGACACCACGUUUUGACCAGUACUCUGUCGAGUGUUAA